AUGGCCGAAACAGGAUUACCACCAGGAUGGGUGAUAAAGGUUUCUAAGACACACAACAAAGAAUACUUCUUGAAUCAGGCUACCAAUGAAUCUUCUUGGGAAGCUCCAUUUGCUACAGAUGGCGAUAAGUUGAAAGCUUACUUAGCCAAGUUUAGUGCCAAUGGAAAUAAACCUGUGAUUCCGACCGAUGGGAAGGUGCGUGCUUCUCACUUGUUAGUUAAAAGUAGAGAAUCUAGAAGACCAAAGUCCUGGAAGUCUCCAGAAGGUAUCUCUAGAACUAGAGAUGAAGCCAUUGGCAUCAUUAAGAAGCAUCAAAGUCGCAUUUUGAAUGGAGAAAUAAAGUUGAGCGAAUUGGCAGAAACUGAAAGUGACUGUUCAUCCCACAGCCAGGGUGGAGAUUUAGGGUUCUUUGGAAAGGGACAAAUGCAACCAUCUUUUGAAGAGGCAACUUACCAGUUGAAUGUCGGGGAAAUCAGUGACAUUAUUGAAUCUGACAGUGGCCUUCAUUUAAUACAAAGAACUGCUUAA